AUGCAGAAUAUAGUGCACGGAUACAAUUCCAAAAUUAAAACCAGUAAUAGAUUCACAGAUAUACCAAUGGCAUUCAUAGCCAUAUGUAACUUACUAAUAUUUAUGACUAUAACCAUACUAAUUAGUAAACCAAAUUAUAACCAAAACAUAAGCAUAAAUGUGUAUAAAGUAAUAGACACAAUAACACCACGAAUACUCCUAUUAUUCAUUAGUAUAAUAAGUAUAUUAUAUAUAAUACCAUUAGUAGUAAUAUUAUUAUAUAAAUAUUUCACUAAACUUAUGAUAUACAUAAAUUAUUUACUAUUAAUUAGUACGUCCAUAUACGGAAUAUACGUAUCAUUACAAAAUCAAAAUGUUAUACUGGCAUUUAUACUGGUUAUACCAUUAGUGUUAACGAUAUUUAUGUUAUACAGGACAAUCAAGCAUAUUAAUUAUAUACAGAAUAUGCUAAAAUUAGGUACAACAAUUAUACUAAAGAAUAUAUCACCAUAUACAGCCACAUGUACACUAUCAAUAUGUACAGGGUUAUUCAUAGCAGUAUCAGUUAUUAGUACAUUAAACAUAUACGAUGUACACACAUUUAAGACAGUAAACUUAUCAGAUAACCUACAUUAG